UCAAUUCCUUUUGCCCAAAUAUAAAUCAUUUUGAAUAUUAUUUUAAUCAUAAAUAAGUAAAAAAAAAUUAAUUAUUGUCAGUACAAGUAUUCAUUCUCAUUCAUUUCACCCAUGAAGAAGGUGUUUUGACACGAUACCCAAAGAUUGGAUAAAUAUUGAUGAUACCGGUGAAUUAGUUUGUCCAUUUUUCGAAAUUAGCAGUACAAGUAAAAAAGAAACAAUUCGUCGUCAAGCUGAAUGCCAAACAUUGUUCAAAUUAUGCCAGCCACCUUUAGAUUAUUGGCGAAAAUAUAAAACUGAAAUUCAAGGAGGUGCAUUUAAUUAAAUAUUAAUCUCUCAAAGUCGCUGAAACACGUCUCGAAAAAUUAAGAGAUCAAACAUACGGUUUUACGACAGAUGACUCAGACCCGAAAAAAACAGUUAAAAAAAUAAAAGAAAUAUACAUAAAAAUAUCGCAUGCACAGCGUAACGUUAAUAUCAAUAAGUUGCUCUCGAAAGCAGUAUCAAUAACUGAAUCUCCAAAGCCACCAAACGACGAUUCUGAUACUGUAUUAACAGAUGGUGAUUCAACAGCAACAUCACCACGUCAAAAAAACGCAAGGUUGAUAAUUUAUCAUUAAGUUCAGACUAUCAAUCUUCUCAUGAUGAGUCUGUGCUAACACCAAAACGGCGUAAAAAAAAUGAAAAUAAAGGUAUUACUCCUUUAAAUAGUAAAACCCCCAGCCGUAUUGCCACAUUAGCUCAUUAUAUCAGUGGACGAAAAAUAAUUACUCCAACUACAAUGUCAACAAUAAAUAAUGAAAAUGAAACUCCAACAAGAAAAAGUUCUUCAGACAGUCAACUUCACUUGAAUAAAACACUGCAGGCCAUACCUAAUAAACUAAACAAGAUUCAAGAUGAUAACGAGAUCUUUCGUAAUGAAAUUUUAGAUGAACUAAAAAAUUUGAGUACUAGAGUUGACAAUAUUAAUACCACAACACAAUCAGCUGUUAAAGUAUCAACAAAAUCAUCACUCAUAAAAAAAUACUACUGUGACACCAUAGUAAAAUUUGAUUUAUUUGAUGAAAACCUUCGUACAGAUAAACAGCUAAAUAACAAAAUUCGUUUGAGCCUGAUAGAAUUCAUCGACACUACCAUACUUGUCCAGAGUAGUAUCGAAGAGAUUCUUAAACAAGUAAUGACCAAAGAAGUUUUGUUUAAUUUUACUGCUGAUAAAGCAAUGAAAGAAAAGCUGAGAGUUUUUGUUAAAACUGAAUUAUGGAAAUGCACUGAAGAUACAAUUCUGGCAGAGUGGGAGAAAAAAAAUUUACCAAAUUUUAAAGACAAAGAGCUGUUGAAAGCUAUUGGCUUAGCUACCAACAGCUCAAGAGAUUGGUUGAGAAAAAAAAAUCAACAAACUGAGCCAACAACUAUUGCUGAAGUAAUUCCAGAUAUAGGUCAAACAAGUAAUAAAGAUACAGAUAAUGAUGAACAAAUUGAAAAUAUCUAA